CUAGGUUAGGUAGACCUCAUUCCCUUCCCUACUUCAUUCUAUUACUUUACUCUACACUGGACACAUCUAAAAAAAAUUGUUCCCAUAUUCCCCUAUCUAUAAGACACAUCUAUUUUUUUGAUACCUGAAAUUUGUACUAUUCAAUAUGGACAACCUGCUGCAAGAGGCCAAUGACGCAAUUCAGCGAAACGAAAACAAUGAGAUGGAGAAGAAUAUUGUCGCGGACUUUGAAUCCGGAUUUACCUUGGGUGGAAAGCCCAUUCUGCCGCCACUGAUGACUAAUGAGAAACGCUUGGAGAUAAAGGUUCUGCUCCUGGAAGCCGCUUUAAAGAAGAAACUGAUGUGUGUCCAGAAGACUGAUUCGUGCGCUACAUUUGAGGCCUCAACUGAGACUCUGCCACCGCCUCCGAAGCCCUCUUCGGAGACCAAAGAAACCAAUACUGAUUCGGCUAUUGAGCCUUUGAUUGUGAUGGGACGCUUCCGUCAGAAGUUGAGUGUUUCGGAAACUACGAUCCAUGACAAUGGAAAAAAUGAUGAGGUCAUAAACUUGGAACCGCGAAAAAUCAAACCGGAGCCUGUUGUCGCUCAAGUGGUCGUGGAGGAUACCUUUCUGGGUCCCCCACAAAUGGCGGUCGAGUUUCAAAGUACUCCAAGCGAAAUUCAGAAGUCCAGCUGGGUGACUGGGACUGAAGAGCUGCCCAUUUUAAGACGCAGUCAAACUUGCGUGGACUCAACCAAGUUGCACCACCAAUUGUGGCGCCGCAACCAGUUAGCUGGUCAGCGCUUGCUGGAAGUGCGAAAGACUCCUAUCAAAACACCAGACAGCUCAGAGUCCGGAUCCCGUGUCUUGAAGGAGGAGACAAAGGUCAAACCUCGUAGUAAGAUUCCUCUAAUUCAAAAAAAAGUCAAGAUUGAUGAAGCUGCACCCUAUAUUACCCCGGGUCAUGAGGCAUGCUACGAGCCCACUCCACCGAUGUCCAGGUGCCAGAGUGCUGCUGAGAGGCGCAAGAAUUAUGACCAAAAAUUGUCUGUGGGAAGAUAUAACAUGGCCAAAAAACGUGAAGAAUCAUUGGCGAAACAGAAGGUUGUCCCCAAACCUAACAUUCCCAAGAGCAUUAGGACUCCGCUGUCCGAACAAGCUCGACUUGAAAUCCAGGAGCAGAGGAAACGCUUUCUGUCCAUGGUUGCACGUCAGGCCGACGAGCAAAAGUAUCUCCAUGCCGAAUUCGAAAAACAGCAGCAGGAACUCAUGGAUAAGAUGCUUGGGGAUCUGAUCCACGCCACCAGCGAGGUCUCCGCGGACUAUCCGUCGGAGAUGGAUACCGCUCCCGGUAGCUGCAGCGCCGCUACCAUUGCAAGCUGCAACAACACCAACAGCAUCAGCCCCUCCUAAUUCCAGCCUGGACUACCUACCAGGUGCUAGGAGUGUUGGAGAGGGACCCAACAUAGUAUAACAUGUCCAUGAGACAGCUCCAUAAAUUAAUCGUUCAUCCGGGAAUGCACUGCAACAAAAACCUUUAAAAGACCGGGAUACACGUAUUCUAGUCAUAUUCCGACUAGAAUUUUCAAUAGUUGGUCUGCUUUAAAAUUGAAAAUUCUUGUUUGGUGCAUUUUUAACUAAAAUAAUUGUCAACUUUUUUAUCUCGUAUUAAGGGGGCAGAGGUCCUGUACAGUAUUCGAGAAAUUUGUACGUAUUUCAUGCGGACGAUCGAGUUGUCCCCGGAUAGAUGUAAUACUUUGAUAACUAAAAGUUAAAAAAAUUGUUCGUCACUUGUAACUAACUAAUGG